UCACUGGUUUCAAGCCUUUGUUCAUAAUUAUUUGCUCGAUUACGUUUCAAGCGAUAAGUCUUUGUAUAGAAAUUAGCGAUGUUGGAGAUCUUAGUUUGAAGCGUAAAGCAGCUGUGAGCGGUCACUGCUGGAAAAGCUGUCGAGAAGUUUUAAGAAAUUGCAAAGUAAAUUUAAAAAAAUCAGUUCUACCUUGAUUAAGUACAGCAUUUGCAAGCUUCUGUCAUUUCUGAGCGCACGACUAAUUGAAUAUCAGCAAUGAGUCGCAAUGUAUUGCUACUGCUUUUGCUGCCCUUCGUCUGCACCUUGGCGGCCAAGCGCGCAGCGUCAAAAGUAGUUUGUAAAGAUGAAGAUGGCGCGCCAGUGGAUUGGUUAUACAUGUACAAAUUGCCGCGCAUACACACCCAGUACGGCGCGAGACGCAAUAGCAGCGGUUUCAACUAUCUCUACAUCUCGAGCAGUAACUAUGAUGCCUGGCGUUUGUCAGCGCAUGAAGUCACCUCAACCGAAUCCAUGCCUGGUAAGCUACUGCAGCCACUGUUCGAUGACGAAAGCGUGCUGGUAAUCGCCUACAAUGACCAAAAGCCCAACAGCAAUUCAAGCACACCGAAGGCGCACGCCAAGGGCUUGCUAGCCACCGAUGGCGAGUCGGCAAUAUGGCUAGUGCACUCAGUGCCUCGAUACCCAGAAAUACCAGUUUACAAAUACCCGCUCACAGGUGGACGCUACGGCCAGAGCUUUCUUUGUAUGUCUUUGCAAGACACCGAGGUGGAUAAGGUGGCCACACAGUUACGGUUAAUGGUGCCACUCAUUUACUAUACGCGCACACCGGAGGCGGUGCUUGCGCGCUUUCCCAUUUUGCAGCAAGUGGUGAAGGGUAAGUGGCAAAAGGAAGCGCCCUAUCAGAAUAAAGUCAAACUGGAGACGCUUGAUGGCACGAAAUUCAAAUCGUUUGCGAAAAGCGGCAAAGCUGUAACGGAAUUGUAUGAGGAUGUCAUUGCGCCAGAAUUGGAUGUCAACCUACUAGUGGAGACCUGGCGCAAUGGUGGCGGUAAUUUAGCAACGAAUUGCACGAAGAAUGAGAAAGUCUUCAACAUAGAAGAAAUCACCGAACAGUCAUUGCAAAUCUCAUUUAGCACCCAUUCUGAUCAUUCGAAAUGGGCUGUAUCACAGGAGAGUGGCUUUAAGCUCUGGCGUUGGCGCGUUGGUGGUGCGGAUUGGAUUUGUGUGGGCGACAUCAAUCGGCAGCAAGAUCAACUGGUACGCGGUGGUGGCAGCGUAUGCCAGAAGAACACCAAAGUUGCACAGCUUUAUCGGCAGCUGAUACAGGGUUAUGAACCAUGCCCAAGAAACAAGCGGGAAAGGGACGAAGUGAAUUAGCUCGUAAAUGGAGCAAAUUCUCAAAUUUGAUCGUACACAAACUUUGUGCAUUAGACUUAAGUGCAUUAUUUACAAUUCUUUUUAAAUAAAUGCAUACACACAUACAUACAUACGUACAUGUACACCUAAGUGAAUGUACUCAA